AUAUUUAUGAAAAAGAUGACGGUUCCAGUACUCUAGCUCUUAUAUAUUAUUUAUUAUUAGCGAUAAACCUUGUCGCUAUUGUUACUGUAAUCUGCAUUCACUACUUUUAUUGUUUGUCUCGGCGCAGAAAAAGUAACAAUCAAGUUUUGACUACGAUAAUGCCCGACGCAGAAUUAACGAUUUUACAUGAGGUACCUAUCGAAAACGUUUAUCUCAAUACGUUAUAUAGUUCUACGUUACAACAUAAUCCCAAUAAAUAUAUGUUGACCAAAAUAAAACGUGAGCAAAUCACGCUAACAAAACUUCUUGGUAGAGGUGCAUUCGGAAUGGUGUUUCAAGGGAUUGUCAAAGAUUUAGAAGAAUCGGGCUCGGAGACAUCUGUUGCCAUAAAGAUGAUAGAAAAAUGUGUUUCAAAAAAAGAGAAAAAGAAAUUCUUGCAAGAGGCAAAGCUUAUGAAUCACGUUAGACACAAACAUGUGCUAAGAUUACUAGCCGUCUGCUUAGACGAGGAUUUUCCAUUACUUGUGUUGGAAUUAAUGGAAAGUGAUCUGCAAAAAUAUUUGAGAGAGCAUCGAAUAUUGCAACCUUCUGAUUUACACGCUUUGCGUGUACAAGAUUUGCUUGCUAUGUGCGAAGAUGUUGCGCGAGGCUGUUGCUAUUUGGAAGAGCUGCGCUUUAUACAUAGAGAUCUUGCGUGCCGAAAUUGUUUAGUGUCUGCGAGAGAUCGCGAAAAUCGUAUCGUUAAAAUCGGCGAUUUCGGACUUGCUAGAGAUAUUUAUAGGGAUGACUAUUAUCGCAAGGAAGGAGAAGGUCUGCUUCCUGUUCGCUGGAUGGCACCGGAAUCUAUAGUAAAUGGAAUAUUUACUUCUCACAGUGACGUUUGGUCAUUCGGAGUGCUAAUGUGGGAGAUUACAUCGUUAGGCGAGCAACCUUAUUCCUCCAGAACUAAUCUCGAAGUGAUGGAUUACAUACGCACUGGAGGCAGAUUGCAGAUGCCUCUCAACUGUCCAUCCUCGUUAUACCAGUUGAUGCAACGUUGCUGGAGCUUUGCAGCGAAUGACAGACCAAACUUUAAACUUUGUCUGAACAAUAUUAUAGAUCUGAGAAGCGACAUAGAGGAUGCAGAAUUGCAUCCAAUGAAUCUAGCCGGCACAAGUAAUUAAUUAUUCGUACAUGUAUAUUUUAAGGAGAAACGAGUAUUUGCAUAUCUUGGACAUAUUUGGAAAUGUGUCUGUAUUAUACGUAAAUUGAU